AUGAAUCAAAAGCUCCUUGCAUAUUUUACAAGGUUAGAGAUUUUUGAUGCUCUUCAACAGAUGGCCCCUAUGAAAGCACCCGUUAAUACGGGGGUGCUCACAGAGGUUCCCACAUCUAUGAGAGGCCCAAGGCUCAGUCAUCUUUUCUUUGCAGACGACAGCAUGAGUUUUUAUAUGGCCAACUCUUUUGAAUGGAGACGUUUGUUCAAAAUUCUGGGCACUUAUGAGGUAGGGUCAGGACAGAAGUUCAACAUACAAAAAACAGCUAUCUUUUUCAGCCGGAAUACUAGUGCUGAAAAGAGGGAGGAAAUCCUAUCCUUAUCUGGGCUUACAGAGGCCAACCGGAUAGAUACUUACCUUAGCUUGCCAUGCCUUGUUGGGAAAUCUCGGGUUCAAGCUUUCAACAGUAUAAAAGACCGAAUCUGGAGGAAGUUGCACGAUUGGAAGGUCAAGUUUUUGUCACAGGCGGGGAAAUAA